AUGGGCCUGAACAUAUCCAACAUGCUUACCCCUAGUAGAGCUUCAUUCUACAGCAUCAUCCUGGGAAACGCGGCUACACCACUCGGUUCAGUGGUCCUGCUAGUCACCUUUGGGAUGAAGGACAACUACCGCACAGAGUACAUAAAGAUCGAGGUGGCUGACUUCGAGUUGUCAUACCAUGCCAUCCUCGGCAGGCUAGCCUUGGUCAAAUUCAUGGCCGUGCCCCACUACAUCUACCAACUACUCAAGAUGCCAGGCAAGAUAGGCGUACUCAUGUUCCGCGGUGACUUGAAGAAGUCGUACGACUGCGACCAAGAGGUGAUCGAGUACGCCGUGAAAUCACGCGUGCCAGAACCAUCUGUGAAAGUCUUUGCGGCCGCAUGA